CCAGUUAAACCACAAUAUAAUUUUCAGAUUAAGGCAUUACCUGAAAGCUUAGUAAUCACCGCCAAUCCAUCCAGUCCACCAUACGCACUCCAACUAGUGCAGCGGUUACUUCAGAACGAAAUCGGCUUGGUUAUCGUUUCCUACGUACAUUCCUCAGUCGUCUCCCUAUCCGAUGCAGUAAAGAGUCUGAAGGAGUCUCUGAGCAGUUUCCAACCACCCUCAGGCGUGCCAGUAGUCAACGUGAAACUUAUUUGGAAAAACAUUGGAUCCAACUCUGAAUUCCUACUGUCGCAAACGGUGGUAUCUGGCGAAGUGAAUUUUCUAAGAUUCCUAUCACGGUUAACGAAAACCACACUGACGUACGAGAACGAUUCGAAUGCGCUCGAAGUUGACUCGCUUUUGGAUCAGUGCUAUCUUCUAGUGCGAACAAAAACCAAAGUGGAAAGAAGUGGCAUCAUUCAGUCGCUGAGUAAAGCGCUGGCUAAGGCGUCGUGGAUUGCAGGAAGCAACCAAGCAGGCAUAGUAGAUGUGGCUGCCUUCUCAGCUAUCAGACAAUGUGGGAUUUCCAACGAGCUCAACCCCAACUUGACCAAAUGGUAUCAAAAAUGUGCCUCCUUGAUUGCUUCUUAAUAUUCUGAAGCUUUAAUAAACUAUAUUUAACUUGA